CCGAGUCGCGGUUUGAUCGUGAACCGCGUAACAUCGCGCCGGUCAUUUCCUGGGUCAUUGUUUCACGCGUCAUCCGCGAUGAUAAUACCGCGAUCGAUAUAGAUCAACGACCCUGCAAGAUCAAGACCCAGAUCUCUCUGGGUUACAAUGCCGCGGCUCGAUCGUUUUACCGUCGCCCUCGUCGUAUUGUUCGUUUCGCUAAAAACGUCAACGUCUCGGACGCAGGAUGACGAUCACCACGAGUGUCUGCGCUCAUGUGCCAACGAAGCAUCAUCGAGGAAGCUCUGCCGCUACGAAUUCGUCGUCAGCGAAUUACCUGCUGUUAUCAGUCGUCGGAACCAUUCCAAACUCGAAAGCGAAUCGGUGAUCCACCAUGACGUGAUUUCGGGGGGUAGCUACUUGAAGAUUAAUGGAAAUAGUCCAGGACCUCAAAUAGAGGUCUGCCUCGGCGAUACUAUUAAAGUAAUUGUGUACAAUCGAAUGGGAUCCAGAGAAUUAUCUUUCCAUUGGCAUGGAUUACGGCAAAAUGAUUCCCCCCAUAUGGACGGUGUCCCGAUGGUUACACAAUGCUCAAUAUUACCAUUCGGUGGUUUUGAAUAUGAAUUAAAACCAGAAAGUGUUGGCACAUAUUUCUACUAUGCACAUCAAGUUUCGCAGCAGGGCGACGGCGUGUACGGGUCGUUGACAGUUCGAGGACCACAGGAUGACCCCAGCUUGGAAAGGAUACUUCUUUUGUCAUCAAGGCCACCAACUCCGCUGUCGCGGUAUUCGCACCUACACCCGCCCACGCCCAACGAGCUGCUCUUGAACGGCCAGAGUGACGGGAUCGUUGUAAAAGUCGACCAUGGCUUGCAAUACUUACUGCGAGUCAUCAACGCCAAUGCGUACAAUUGUCCUGUUCGGUUAUCCAUUUCCGGGCAUGAUUUCCGAGUGGUGGCUGCCGAUGGCAAUCUGGUCCAACCGGUGACCGGCAAACACAUCGUUCUGUUUCCGGGUACGCACGACGACUGGGACGAAUCAGAGACCACGACGACGAACGACGAUACGCGCCUCGCCAUGGAAUGGACCCGCGACAAAACCCUCGAGCUGCUGCGCGAGUACAAACAAAGGCCCGUGCUGUGGGACUGGAACGCCCGCGGCUACCGGGACCGCGCGAAACGCAAACACGCCAUACAGGAGCUCGCCGAGAUCCUUUGCUGCAACACCCUCGAGAUCGAGAAGAAGAUCACGAACCUGAAGUGCCAGUACUCGAGGGAGGUGCACAAAAUACAGAACAGCCGGGACGCGGCCACCGGCCCCGACGAUGUUUACGUGUCCAAGUGGUUCGCUUUCGAGGCGAUGCAGUUCCUACAAUUCGGCACACGCAGAUACAGCAAGCGUAAGAAGAAGAUUGAGGAGUAUUCGUCGAAGUUGCAGGAGGAAUACAUAGUGAGCGACAUCGACCCCGAGAGCAUCACGUUCAUAGACUGCAACGAGGAGACGAACGGCUCGGGGACCGGCUCGUUCAACGCCUCGUUGAGCGAGGAUGCCGAGGAGUCGUCGUCGUCCAGCCUGAAGGCGAUGAAGCUGUACCGCGGCUCGCUGCCGGACCAGAGCAGCCCCAUCGGCGACCUGGACGAACCCGCACAGACGAACCUGGAGACAGAGCCGGCGGCCGAACGGAGGCGAACGAAAGAAGAGUUCACGAAGUUCGCGGAGAGCAUCGCCGUGCAGCUAGCGGAGAUCCCGGACUCGUACUCGAGGUCCGUCGCGAAGCUCAGGAUCAACCAGAUCCUGUUCGAGGCGGAGAUCGGCGUGUACGCGCAAACGCGCGAGCGAUUCGACGUGACCGUCGAAGCGAACCAAUCUUCUGGAAAGUAUCCGAUCGAAAUAAAAGGUCUUCAGGAUUGCCGAGACCUUCGGCAAGUGGCUCACGUUCUUUAUAAUGAGGUGGAACUGCAAGCGGCGGAAAUAAAGGACGGAGAACCAUUGGAAAUCGAUGACGAUGAAAUUGCAAAAACUGGUUACGAUUGCGACGAAGAGGGGAACGUCAUUUGCGCGUUGGACUUGAAAGGGCCAACGGGGACGAUGUCCGACAAUGAAGUGUACAACGUUAUCUACAUUCCGUUCGAUGUUAAUGAUUAUCUAUCCAUUACGGACGAAAUGUCUGAUAACAGAUACAUCGUUUACGGUUGCUCGUAUUAUCCCAGUUAUCUGAGUAAAAAACAAGGUGAAGCGAAGAUCGCGCAGAUUAACGGCAUGACGUUCAAAUACCCUUCCUCCCCGCUGUUAUCGCAACUGGAAAACGUGCAGAAAGAAUCAAUUUGCUCCCUCGAAGAAGGCUCGAAGCAGUGCAUCGACACACCAUUGUUCUGCGAAUGCACUCAGAUAAUCGAGGUUUCUGCCCAGAAAUAUAUUGAAAUCGUAUUGAUAGACCAAGGUUUCGGUGGGAACGCUUCUCACGUUUUUCAUAUACACGGUUACAACGCGAGCAUUGUAGGAAGAGGCAACUUCAAAGAGCCAAUCACCAGAGAAGAAAUUAUGGAGUUAUACUAUGACGGAAAGUUACCCCGUAAUUUAGUGGAUCCACCACAAAAGGAUACUUUCGUUGUACCCAAUAAGGGUUACGUUAUACUUCGUGUCUUUACUGACAAUUUGGGGUACUGGUUAUGGGAAUCACGUAGCACAGCGAUUUCCCCUCAAACAUUUGGACCUGGUAUGCAAUUUGUAUUAAAAGUGGGAAGCGACGAGAGUUUCUCAAUUGUUCCUUUAGAUUUUCCAACUUGUGGAAAUAACAAACCACCAGACUUAGUAUUCGAAACUGAAAUGUAAGUCACCAAUUAUAAUGAAACCUCACGCUAUUGUACAUUAUUUACAGAUUUAUAAUAGUAAACUUUUGCUUUACGCUUCAAACUUCAUUUUAUUAUCGUGUAUCGUGAAAAUCUCGAAAAGCGAAGUGAAUCAAUUAUAUUUGAAAUUAUAUCUACUCGAUAUGUACAUAACACACAUACUUCCUACAUUCAAUUUAAGGAAGCAAUAGCGUUAGAUAUCGAUACUUUUUAUUAUCAAAUUGUUUUCCCGUAACUAUAUACAUAUACUGUUCAUCUUUGGUAGUCGACCUGUUCAAUUCGUGUUUAGAAUGUAUAAAUUGAAAUGUACCAAAAUGAAAAAUAUAUAUUACAUAUUUAUUUUCAUAAUAAUUAAUAUAUAUUACAUUGAUUAUUCUGGACAAAGAAUGUGCAGGCAUCAGUUGUUCGGAAAACUGAAGCCGUAAAAGUCCUGCAAAGUUUGCAACGGCGGUUUCCAGUUACUGCACGUAGGGAACUCUGGCGGUAUCGGGGGUAAAUCACUGUGGUCUCCUACUUGAAUAACUAAUUCCAUACCAGUGGCAUGAUGCCACGAGAAAUGACAAUGAAUUAACCAAUAUCCUGCAAAAGAAAAACAGAUCAAUUGUUAAUUUGCCUGUUUGGUUGAUCAUACAGUAACUAUACAAUUCACGAGUGCAUAAACAGAGGCUUCAGAACAGAAGAAAAUUUCACAACUUCACGGUUGUCUGUACACUUUUACUGUUUUAAACAAAUAUUCAAAAGUUCAAAUUACCGAUAUACAACCAUUAUUAAUCCCUUGUAUUAUUUACUUUCGCUGAGCUCGUGUAGCAUUUUACUACAAUUUGGAAGAAAAGCAACAAAAUUUUGCAUUCUACUUCAAGCAAUUAUUUCAUUUGAUACAUAAGGAAUGAACAACAUUGAGUUUUGUUAAAUUAAUCUAAAAAUCUUCAUUAUGAGUCUCACUUGUCAUUGUAUAGCAAGGGGUUAACACCGUUUUGUAUAUUUUCUGUACAUAUAUUUAUAUAUCACACUAAGAAUUAUCGAAUAAUAAAAAUAAGUAUAAGAUACUUUUAUUCGAAUAUGAUAGAAUUCACAUAUAGUUUACCUGGAUUAUUAGCUCUGAAGCGUAUAAUUGCAUAUCCACCCCUAGGGAUUUUAACAGUGUCUUUGCCAGGCGGAUUCUUGUAUUCUCCCCGUUGAAGACGUUUCGUGUGUUCACUCAAUAUUGUAUUGACAUCCAUCGCGGUGAUGUUAGUAGUGCCCGUAACAAUGCUUUGAAUGGACAACACGCUGAACUCGUAACCAUGUAAAUGGAACGGAUGGUCUAAGCCGUCCAAUGGAUCUGAAAUAUAAUCCACGAUUAAAAAUCUUAAUUGUUAAUUUAUGUCUUCUGACGCAUCUUUCUCUGUGUAAUGUAAUUAUAAGAUUUAACACAUUGUUGACCGGUCACGGGUUAACUCGUGUUCGCACUUGCAUUAGCUAUUUCAAUUUUUGAAACACAGAGCAAUAUAGAACAUCGCAAAAGCAAAAUAUUCAAAAUUAUAUUUCAAUUCAUUAUAUGUAAAUAAAGUAUACUGUAGUUCAUUUGGAUUGUUUCACUCUCAUAUUUAAUUACGAAAUAACCGGUGACAUGAGAUAGCAUGGAAUUGCCGGUCAACAGUGUGUUAAUUUCUUAAUGUAAGCGUUCAAAUUAAUAUGUUAUUGACUAGAGUGACCAAGAACCAGCAACGAAUGGAAAAAAGAAAUAAUUCCUUAGAAGAAGAUUACUUACUGGAGUCGUAUAUUAAAAUUUCAGCUACAGCACCGCGGUUUACGCGGAGUACUUGAGUACAAGUGCAAGGCUGGGUGCAAGUAUUAGGUGCAUUCUGCCUGCAAAUUGUUUCGUAACUCCGGCUGUCCGUCAGCAACGGCGAGGCCGGAGUCUCGUACGUGAUGUUGUUGAACGUUGAAAUUAACUGAGACCUAUCGUUCACAUCUGACAAAGAGAAAAACACGUUAACGAAUUUUGAUCUGUUUCUAUUAAGUACGUGUGCAAAUGAACGUUGUAAUUUAACCCUUUGCACUCUGGAGGUGACUCUCAGUCACCACUCGAUUGGUGCAUCAAAAUUGUAAAAUUUCGUAUUUACAUUAAAUGUGGAAAUAAAAUACCAUUGUUCCCCAUAUUUUGUGAAUAGA